UACAACGUCGCUCGCACGCACGUACGUUCGUUCGCUAGCUAGCUCGUUUCGUCGUAGUCUCGUCGAAAAGAAGAAAUCAUAUUUUUGUGUAAAGCUAAACACUAUAGUAGCGCCGCCGACACAUUAGCCUAGCUAGUAGCUGUCAAUAGGGUAAUGACAACGCGCGUAUAUUUUUCAUUCCAAAAAAACGCGCGUACGUGAUUGUUUCCACUAAACAAAUAUAAAUAUAAAUAUUACUAAUAAGCAGCUAUACAACAAAUAAACGUAUAAAAAAUAUUUUGCCGAAAAAUCAUUUGUUUCAAGCAAGUAAGCAAAACAUAACAAAGUGUAUAGCAAAUGUGAACGAAUAUGAAAAAGAAAUGUUGUAUGCAACAAAAAUUGAAAUAGAAAAUAUUUUCGAAAACAAAACUACAACAAAGAGUAACAGUUGAAAAGUGACAUUUUUGGAAAUUUGUAUGAAAUGUGACUGCGAGUUGUGGCAUUUUGAGGAAGACAAGUGAAUACUCAAGCAGAAAUAAAUCAAAAAAAAAUAUUUAAAGUUUGCCGCACAAAAUAAAACACAGCAAACCAGUGACAACAACGUACUGUGCAAAUAUAACAUUUGUAAAAAUUAAAAGUAAAUACCACAAAAGUAUUACUAUAAGAAACUAGUGCAUUUUGUACAAAAAUUAAAUUCGACAGACAACAACAAUUGCCGCGAAAAACGCGCGCUCUGCAACAAACAACACCGCUUGAGCCAGUAAACCAAAGUCAAGUGUAACCAACUAGCAAUAAAAGCAAUAAAACACUACCAACAACACAUUGACAUUUGCCGAAAAAGCAGCAGUAGCUACAACAACAACAGCAGCAACUAGUAGAGAAACAGUGCAAAUUCCAAAGUUGUUGCAGCAUCUUAACGUCUCUGUGUAUGCAUGUAUGUGUGUAUGUGUGUGUGACAUAUGCACAACAAUCAGCAGAUUUCCGCAUUGAGUGGUGUAAACAGAGCGGCAGCAGCAAGCCAGCACCUCUUGUGGCAAAUACAAUAAGCGCGCAAAACCACGCACAAGUGCAGCAACAACAACAACUGGCAGCACUAACAAGUGACAAGUUAGCACAGCGCCAAUAAGCAAGUGUUAUAGCAGCGUGCGUACCAAAAGUAGGCAUACGCACCCUAGUAAACACAACUAUUAGAACUAGUAGCAGCAACAAAACUGUUUUGCAAAAACAUUUUGUGAGCACUCAACACACAAUAUUUACAGCACAGCAACAAAAAGUAUUAGAGCAAAACGCCUAAAGCUAAAGAAGCGCACAAUUAUUUUGGAAGAAGCUGCAAAAAAAUCAUAACUUCAAAUUGUCGGUUUAUGAUUUGUGCCCAAUAAAAGCAACAAGCGCACACGUAGCUAAAGGACAGCAGCAACCAAUUGGAGUAUACUCUAAGAGGAAACAGUGGCAACUGUAUAUUUUAUUAUCUUCAAACAAUAAUGUGCACUGAGGUUAAUUCAGCAAUGGGUCUACAAGCUACAGCCGCUACCAAGCGGAAACAUGAGAUUACAUUCGAUGCCAAGGAUGCUAAUACAUAUACUAACAGUCCGCCACCACUGAAGACAGGCAAAUGGUCAAUUAAUAAUAACAACUACAUCGAAGCCAUUGAGGAGCAGCAACUGAAUGGCAGCAAUAUAAAAGAUACAAACGCCAGUUUACGCACACUAACGAAUAGUGCAGCAGAGAGCACGAAAAGCACAACAACAACAACAGUGAAUAGCAAUAAUAAUAGUAUUAAUAGCAGCACUAACGGCCUCCACAAUAGUAUUAGCAAUGGUAAAGAAGUUACUAAAAUCGCUGAGCACACGAGCGGUCCAACUGCAGCCACCACAAUAGCAACAUUGCCCUCCAUGGUCGCCACGCUGCUGCCUAUGUCCAGUGAAAUGGCUGCCACCACGCCAUUGCCACCAACCUCCACCACACCCGUACCAGAAGACAGUAUUGCCAAGUUGGAGGAGGUCGCGGCCGUGCCCUGUUGUGAGCCCUGGACUAAUGCGGCGACAGAACCGGUCGAUUGCAUUUCCAAAUUGCAGGCUGUUGCAGUGCCGAGUGAUCCAUGGGGUAGCAUUGCGACACGUUCCACUUUGGCGACAACACUUCUCAGCGCCGAUGAGUUAGAUGAUGACGAUGAUGAUUUCGAGGAUGACUAUGAAGAGGAGGAGAGCAUAAUACCGACAUAUUGUCCACUGCGUUAUCAUACUUUUCCACCGCCACCAGCAGCGAACACGACAACGCAUCAACAACAGCGACUUGGCAGUUAUGCGCCCGCGCCGCAUGGUUAUGGCUCGCGUCCCAACUACUACUCGGAGCCAUAUCCACAACAGAAUUGUUCACGUACCGGCAGUCCGCAACAUAUGCGUAUGGCUGGCAGCAAUGGUUUCACACAAUGGCAGAGCACAAACGGUCCCUCCGGUGGCGGUCAGCAAUUUUAUGUGCCACCCGAAGCGGCAUACCCGCCGCCACAGCAACAGACACCACAACCGCCACAACAGCAGCAGACAAUACGUUGUGCAGAGAAUGGUAAAUCGUAUUUAGAGUUGGGCUGUAGCAGUCCGCCGCCACAUGUGAAUAGUUCGCCUGUUGUGCCACCACCGCCCUUCGGCAAUCUGCAUGUGACCGCCGCGAAUCUCGACGCGCGUCAUCCUUUAAAACGUUGCUGUGAUGGGCGUGGCACAUGGUGCAAUACAAAUAAGAAUUGCUACAAGGAUCUGCGUCUGAAGAUACGCAACCUAUCCAUGUUUAAGUUGUCGCGCUUCCGACAAGUAUCCGAACAGUCACUCUAUCGCUCGGUGCUAAUAUGCAAUACACUGAAACGCAUCGAUCGCGAAAUCGAAACAGAAGCUAAGGAGAUGCAUCAAGCAGCGGCGCAGGCAGCUGCCGCACAACAUCAAUACCAUCAGCAUCUGCAUCCGCCGCAUCAUUUGCAGCAUCACUUGAAUCCGCAACAGCCACCGCAACAGUUGUUGGUGCCACAGCAGCCACAUACAAUGCUACAUCAGCAGCACCAGGACUAUGCGCCGCCAGUGAUGAACUGUGCGCGUCUCACCAACCUGGACUAUCAGGUGCAACAUCAGCCGCCAACACUGCUGCAACAACAGCCUCCGCAGCACUUCGCACAGCAUCUGCCACAUUAUCAGAAUCAGCAACCCGAACGGCUCGACACGCCGCCGCCAUACCUGAGCGCACCCACACAGCACCUACAGAAACCCACAAGCGGCGGUUUUACACUCAACAAUAGCAUUAGUAGUAUUAAUGUAAAUAACUGUGAUUCUACAAAUGGCGCAGCGGCAAUACACCCUUACGACCACUAUCCCUUCCGGGAAUCGCAAUCUGGACGCGCAACUCCAUUUCCCUGCCAACCGGUAAUGUCGUCGGCGCCGCCUUCAACAACACCAACCCCGGCGACGACGCAAACCCAGCUGCAUACUGUUGCAACGACACUCAGUGCGUCCAAUGCAACAACAGCAGCGCCCAUGCAAAACGCUAGCUCAACGGCGGCGUUGACAAGCGCGUCAAGUAGCAUUAGUACAACGUCACAAGUAACUACCGCCACGACGUCCAUUGCCACCACCGAUAACAGCGAUUCUGGUUAUGCGGACGAUGAUUCAACACGCUCCAUCAACUGGAGUUCGGUGCUCAGCUUGUCGUCACAAUCCGCGCUGGACCCACUCAACAACAACGACCUCUUCGCCAUACUACCGCCUGCGUUAUCGAUAACCAGCCCAGCCACCGCGACACCAGUGCCCGUAACGGCCGCUUUAACAACGAACACCAGCGCGUCGGAUAGCACAACGCAAGCGUCGGCUGUUGCCAUUAGCGGCACCUUCACCACCGUGCAAUCCACCUCGGUCUCUAGCAGUAGUGCCAACGCAUCAACUACCAGCAGUAGCAGCAGUAGUGCAGCAUACAACACAUGUACCUCUUCGUCGACGGCAACAUUCACCACGCUUUCGACCAUCUCCUCGGCGACGCAUUCGCUCACCUCAUCGUAUGUGAGUAGCAUGAGCGCCAAUGCAGCGGCCGCGUCGGCAUCCUCCACAUGGGAGUACGGUUUUCUCGAUAUGGAAUUCGGUUUGGGCUCAGAAUUCACCGAACUUGUGCCCAGUUGUAAACUGAAUUCAGAUGAGCUCUUCAAGAGCAGCCUAACACCAGUGGUGGCCGCAUCACGUUAUUCCUCCGUACAUGACAAUGAGCUGGAACAACCGGCACACAUUAUGGUCGGCAGUUAGUAUCAAUUGUAAAGCAGCGAAACAAUGCAGGAGACGUGGUGCCGAGCUUUAUACUACUGUGACGGCGGUACGUACUGCAACGCCAACAGGUGGCCUUGCUGGUGUUUAUGACCGCUAAUUGGGGCGCUGGACGCAUGGUGCCCAUGGAGAACAUGGCAUUCAUUGUGGCGAGUAGCAGGCGCGCUAAGCCACUGAGCAACAAGCAGCGGGAACACAUAACAGCCGAAAAUAUGUGAAAACACAUUGUACGAGUGUAUGUACAUACAUACAUGAGAGCAAUGUGGGAGUGAGCGCAGCGCUUCGGCGCUGUUUUACUAGCAUAUACAUAUGUACAUAUAUUUAUUAGAAAUGUAAAACCAUAUAUGCUUCUUUGUAUUAGCGAUUUUACUGCAAGCUAAAUUAGUUCGCUUAAGUAUGAAAUGCUCAGGUUGUGACCUUUUUGUUUAAAAAUUGUGAAAAAACUGUAUGUGCAGCAAGUAGGGAG